CGUGUGUGUGUGUGUGUGUGUCAAUGCAGGGUGCAUCAAUGCAGGAGAGACUAAGCUACGCACACACACAGUCCCGUUCGCGCAUCCACAACGCAGCUCCCUCUCUCUUUCUGUGUGUAUCACUCUCACCCGCGGCUGACGCGGGCCGCUCCUGGAUAUGCGUGCGCGUUUCAAUCCGAAAAGCCUCUGCCGUGUCGUCGUUUGAAGGCCGCGAGAAAUGCCGGUGUGAGGGCAGAUCGGAUAUUAUCGGAUUUAUCGUUCGGUAGCCGCGGGCGCGCCGCUCUGCUUUACCGAGAGCCGGUGGUGCUGGAGCGCGCGGCCUGUGAAUACAAGAUGUCGACCAGAACGCCAUUGCCCACCGUGAACGAGCGCGACGCCGAGCAUCACACGACUGUGGACGGCUACAGCGAUACACCACCAGCACCACCCACCAAAUCAUCAAGUCGACAGAGUCUCCCGCGCUGCAGGAACUCAGUGGCGUCCAUCCCGGACGAACAGCCUCACAUCGGCAACUACAGACUGCUCAAAACCAUCGGCAAGGGAAACUUCGCUAAAGUCAAACUCGCCCGGCAUGUUUUAACUGGACGAGAGGUGGCUGUGAAGAUCAUUGAUAAAACACAACUCAAUCCCACCAGUCUACAGAAGCUCUUUCGAGAAGUGAGGAUUAUGAAGGUUUUAGGUCAUCCUAAUAUAGUGAAGUUAUUUGAAGUCAUUGAAACAGAGAAGACACUUUAUUUAAUUAUGGAGUAUGCAAGUGGAGGUGAGGUGUUUGACUACUUAGUUGCACAUGGGAGGAUGAAGGAGAAGGAAGCCAGAGCCAAGUUUCGACAGAUUGUGUCUGCAGUGCAGUAUUGUCAUCAGAAGAGAAUCGUUCACAGGGAUCUAAAGGCUGAGAACCUGCUGCUGGAUGCAGAUAUGAAUAUAAAGAUAGCUGACUUUGGCUUCAGUAAUGAGUUCACCAUCGGCAGUAAGUUGGACACGUUCUGUGGAAGUCCUCCAUACGCAGCUCCUGAACUCUUUCAGGGGAAGAAGUACGACGGGCCCGAGGUGGACGUCUGGAGUCUGGGAGUCAUCCUUUACACCCUUGUCAGCGGCUCGCUUCCCUUUGAUGGACAAAAUUUAAAGGAGCUGAGAGAGAGAGUAUUAAGAGGGAAGUAUCGCAUUCCCUUUUACAUGUCCACAGACUGUGAAAACCUGCUGAAGAAACUGCUGGUGCUGAACCCUGGAAAACGCGGCAGUCUCGAGCAAAUCAUGAAGGACCGCUGGAUGAAUGUGGGUCAUGAGGAAGAAGAGCUGAAGCCCUACACAGAACCUGAAGCUGACUUCAGUGACACUAAACGCAUCGAGCUCAUGAUCACUAUGGGUUUCCCUAAAGAGGACAUCACAGAAGCAUUAUUGGAUCAGAAGUAUGAUGAGGUCAUGGCCACGUAUCUCCUGCUGGGCAGAAAACCUCCAGAGUUUGAAGGGAGUGAAUCGGUUUCCAGCACAAACCUGUGUCAGAGGUCACGACCCAGCAGUGAUCUGAACAACAGCAGCAGCAGCACACAUUCACCUGCACACUCUAAAGUCCAGCGCAGCGUCUCCAGCACUCAGAAACAACGGCGAUUCAGCGAUCACGUGGCUCCGUCCAUACCUCCAGCCGUCUCUUACACCAAACGCUCUCAGGCCAACAGUGUGGAGGGAGAGAAGAAAGACGAAUGCAAACUGUCCUCCUCCAGCUCAAAGGGAGACGUGCCCGCCUCACCUCUGGUGACUCAAGAGCGCAGGAAAUCCUCCACAGCGUCAGGGAAUAGUGCUGCUGGAGGAAUGACCAGAAGAAACACGUAUGUGUGUGAACGCUCCAGUACAGACAGACACUCGGCCAUCACCAACGGAAAAGACAGCAGUUUGACUGAGAUGUCGACCUCAGCGAGUGGUUCUUCUUCAGUGUCUCCUGGAGCGUCCUCAGCGCCGGCGUCCACUCGCCCGCGCCACGUCAAGUCCAUGUCCGCAUCAGGCCAUCCAACCAAAUCCCCGCUGCCGCCCAUCGAGGACAAUGCCGAAUACAAGAGCUCGGUGUCCAGGGCUCCCUCCACCUCUCCAUCAGCUCACAGCAUCAGCAGCAUGACACCUGACCGCACCCGCUUUCCUCGCGGCACUUCCAGCCGCAGCACCUUCCACGGGGCACAGCUCCGAGACCGCCGCAGCGCCACCUACAACGGCCCGCCCGCCUCGCCCACACUGUCACAUGACACGGGCGCUCUGGCCCAGGCCCGAAGGGGAACCUCGUCCGGCUUCAUCAGCAAACUCACCUUAAAGUUUGCUCGCAGAGCUCUGUCUCUCAGAACAUGGAGGUUACCGAGUGAAGGCGAUGCCCGCGCUCGAGCGUACAGCUUGAGGAGCGGAUCCGGCGAACCCAAAGAGGAGGCUCGCGACUCCAAGCCCAGAUCGCUGCGUUUUACCUGGAGCAUGAAGACCACGUCCUCCAUGGAGCCCGGAGACAUGAUGAGAGAAAUCCGCAAGGUGCUGGACGCCAACAACUGCGAUUACGAGCAGCGCGAGCGCUUCUUGCUCUUCUGCGUCCACGGAGACGCCCGCCAGGAGAGCCUCGUCCAGUGGGAGAUGGAGGUGUGCAAACUGCCCCGUCUCUCUCUCAACGGCGUGCGCUUCAAACGCAUCUCGGGGACGUCCAUCGCCUUCAAGAACAUCGCCUCGAAAAUCGCCAACGAGCUGAAGUUGUAAGCCAGGACUGAGAAGCUGCUUCUGUUUAAAGCUACUGCUGUAAUGUUUAGUGGAGAUAAGAACACGAUGAAUGCAAAAGACGAAACGAGAAAAACAAGCGCCCUCGUCUGACCUCUCGCAUAUACACCUGGUUAUUACGACCAUCUUGCAAUAAUAAAGAAAAGCCCUUCAGGGUGGACUCUGUGGAAGGAAUCCCACAUGUACAGUUGCUGUAUCAUACAAACCUCUCAGUCUACUGAUGUGUGCGGGUGUUUGUAUAGUCACUGAAGGGUUGCGUACAGAACAAACUAUCUGACAUACUGUCCGUCUUUUUAGUUCAUUGAUUUCUAGAGUUUUUUUUUUUAGGUCACUCAUCUGUUUUAACUUUGUGUGACCCCCUAUUGUUUUUAAUGGAUCGUUCAGUCAAUAAGGGAUAGUUUUCUCACCCUCAUGUCAUUUCAAAGCCGUACACGGUUAAGGUUCAGGAAUCUCCACGCUGCUUUUUAUCUACACAACUGAUCAUGAAAUGACCCCUGAAGUCUGACAGCUGUAUGUUGUGUCGAUCUGUAUGUGUUGAUAAUGUCAUCUGUGCGUGACGCACAGUUUCUUAAUUUCAGUCUGAAGUUUUUAGUCUGAAGUUUUCAGUCCAUUUCUCACACAAACACACACACAGCUGUCAGGUGAAUGUAUACACUACUGUUGUGAUGUUAUGAAUGAUGACGGGAUGUCUUUCACACACAAUAACAGCAUGUGGCUUUGAACCGACAUGUGGCUGAGUAAACAAUCAUUCAUUUCUUUUAAAGUGAGAUUUGGAGCAGAAGUGUUUGGAUUGUAUUUACAGUCAUUCCAUACAACAUACUGAGACUACAGGUCAUGUGCGUGUGAAUGAAGAACAGGUCAUCUCCACGACCCUGUGCCCUAGUUGACUUCUCAUUCCAGAUUAGCUCUUUAACAUAAACAUUUAUUUAUUAAGCCAUUCUAUGCCUUUAAUUUGUAUUAACUGUAGAGAAUGCAUGACUUUAUUUUCGUUAAAAUAGUUUGUUUUGUAAUUCGUGAUGAUGAUGAAGGAUGAAGACCACUCGUACUGGUACGUUUCUACUUUUGUACUGAAGUGUCCGAGGUUAAAUGUGCAAUGCUGUCUAUGUUGUAUUACUGUAAUGCUGUGCAGAGACUGCACACUUGUAAGGGAAGAUGAAGAGUAUUUAAUGGCUGAAAAUGACUGAAGGAUAAAGCUGUGAUCAAAUACCGACUGUAAUGAUCCACUUUUGUUUGCACCACAGAUUUCAUUUUUUAUUGUUAUUAUUGUUUUGUUACGGCUUUCUGGAUGAGACUGAUGGCUGAAGUGAACCCAUCUCACCCUGGUUUCUGUGAACAUGGUACUGUACAUCUGUGAGAGAAAAGACUCGGUCCCACAGGAGCACAUUAAAGCUUACUUGAAACAAGUCUUUCAACUGUCCUUCAUCGUAUCACACUGCAUUUAUUUGACAUUUUGUGUGUUAAUGACGUCAUUGAUUUUUUGAAGUCAUAUUUCAGGGGAUUUGUAUGCCUUUAAUGGGAGAGGGUAGUAGAGAGCUGACAGGAAAGCGCUGGCCUUAUAGGGUAGGGGAUCGGGAUUGGCAAAACACGGAACGGAACUCGGGUCGCUGUAAGCGCGCUGGACCUGAUAUCAUUAUUAACAAUGUUACUGCUGCGCGAAGAUAUUUCAAAAUGCAACUUAAAUGUUUCUUUUUUUGUGACUGUUAAUAUUUUAUAUUUAGUUUAUGUUCAGCAGUACAGCAACGA